GCAGGUCAUAUACAUAAGUCGUUGAUUCACUCGAGUAGCCGCCACGCACACACUCAACACGCAUACAGGGCCAAUAUGGAUGCACACCCCACCUCCUCCCACUCUCCUCGCGCACAAUUAUCAUCCCAGCGGACUGAUUGAUACUGGCUGGCGGCUACACCGCGCUCGUUUGCACCUCAUUAUCACCUAUCAUUCCUGGUUAUUUAUUAUUUUCUACCCCAACCUUGCCUGGAUUACUAUCAUCGCAACCAACACCACUAAGUUUGCCCGUCUUCUUUCACAACCUGUAUAUAUUUACUUGUCAAGAUCACCGCAGGUCAUUUCAGGAAUAACGCAACUCGCAUCAUACAUCGUCUUUGUUUGAUUCAAAACACAUAUAUUUUUGUGAAUAUGCCUUCAGUGUGCAGGACGAAUACGCUUCGACAUUUCGGGUCUGUUUCUGCUUACUUUUUGCUAUAUUUUUUCGUCGCGGUGGUCGACGGUGUCCCGCAGAGGACGUUGCGGGACCCCAUCGCCGAGGUCGAUCCCGACGCCGUUAUUCUUAGGACUCGGAGUCACCAACAAGCUCAAAACAACGAAGAAUUCACGUCGAUAACGACGACGUCAUCAGCGCCAGAAGCGUAUGACCCUUCGUAUUCGCUUAACUUUUUGGAUGAUGAUUUUCUGCUCUUCUGGAAUUUUAGCAGCGUCGACGAGGCCGACGAUGAGGCGACGACGACCAGGGAGGUUCCGUCUGAUGGUGAAGGAACCAACCUGGAGGAUUUAGUACUGAGGUUAGAGGAUGAAGCAAGGCUGGACGAGAGGGAAAUGGAAAGAGAGGAUCUGAGACAAGCUCUAGAAGCAAGGAGAUCAAGACCAUCAUCGAGGCUAGCACAACCAAGAAGGAAAAAGCCUAAGAAACGGAAAGAUCUACGGAGCGAGUAUACUCCACUAAGUAACAAACACAAGAAACGUCUUCUUGAUAUGCAUAAUUCAUACAGAAGACGGACUCCCGGCCCAGCAUCUAAUAUGGAGGAAAUGGUAUGGGAUGACGAGCUAACUCUUAUGUCGAAGAAGUAUGCCAAGAAGUGCAUAUGGGCUCACGGGCAGGCCAUCGAUUCCAAACAAUUCAAACACGUCGGACAGAACUUGGCCUAUGGGAAGAACCCCCGCGGGAUAAACAUGUCGCCAUUUUACCUCGCUUCGUUAUGGUACCAUGAGAAAAAUAACUACGAUAUCACAACGGAUACUUGUAAACCAAAUACACUAUGUGGACAUUAUACACAGAUGAUAUGGUGGGAUACUAAUAAGCUUGGUUGCGCCUCACACUGGUGUGAUGAGAUGAACAUCCCUGGUAGUACCAUGGUCAUACGAGAUGCUCUCUAUCUAGUCUGCAAUUAUGGACCGGGAGGUAAUAUCCACGGUAAAAAGCCAUAUGACAUCGGGAGACCGUGUACACAAUGUACUUCUGGUUCUGGGCGAUGCAGAGACGGACUGUGUAGUGACUGUGAUCUUCGUGAACCAGCUUGUGAUUGUAUGCUUGAAUGUCAAAAUGGUGGCAUCCUUGAUGAGCAGAACUGUGUAUGUUCCUGCCCCACUGGUUGGAUGGGAUUGUCUUGCGAAAAGGUUUGUAACAACACACAUGCGUGGUGUGGUAACGGUUGGCCUAAAGAAUGGUGUUUCAACAACAAUGACGACAACCCUGUAGAAGAACUCUGCCCUGCUAUGUGCGGUUUAUGCGAUUGUGGAGGGCCAAUGUGUGUGAACGGGGGUCGAAAGAGCGGUUUCACAUGUGAAUGUGACUGUCCUACUCCAUGGGGUGGAGAAGAUUGCUCAGAAUGUACCAUCAAGUGUAUGCAUGGAACCUUAGACGAAUCAACAUGUCAAUGUACAUGUGAUGAUGGAUGGAUGGGCUUAUCAUGUUCUGAACCAUGUGAGAAUAAGCAUCAGCUAUGCUACCAUGGUUGGUAUCCGAACUGGUGUGACGAAGAGCACCCGUAUGUAUUGGACAACUGCCCUGCUAUGUGUGAGCUAUGCAAAAUCAACACUGGUGGCAAUACAAGAACAGGCAACUGUCGUAAGAGAUGCAAGAAUGGAGGAAGUCUUCAGCAAUCCGCCUGUGAAUGUGACUGCCCUGAGGGAUGGUUUGGCGAUGAUUGCUCAUUGGAAUGCCGGGACAAGUUCCACCACUGCCAAUGGUCUACAAGACUAUGUGACAAUCGCGAUUACGCUCGACAUUACUGCCCAGUUUCGUGUGAUCUGUGCUCACCACCACUCGACAUCGCCGAGUGAUCCCGAAACCCUCCGAAUGGAACUAGACUACCUAUGAUGAUGAUUGAACGAUCCCGUGAACGAUUCUUCGGAAAAUUUUGACCAAGUUUGAUUGAAAGAAAACCUAACUAGGUGUUCGAUAUCCGAUUGUAAAGGUAUAUUUUGAGAUAUUUUUGUGUCGGUCUUCAAGUCUCUAUUUCCCGCUCUUUUUUCAUUCGUCAAAUAAAAUAUAUCGAUAUUUAUUUAGAUCUACGGAUAGUACUCGUGGCAUGGUUGUUAAUGUGCAAGGAACUAUGCAACUGAAUUUCCAUUAGACUUUCAGUGUUAUAAUUGUAGACGUAAUGAAUGACGUCACCCUUUGGGUAGUAUAGGGUUUUUAUCUCCGAAUGACCACUAUAUAUUCAACAAACCAUGAUAAAUGCCAUCGUAAAAAAUUACUUUAUUUAUUUAUUCUUGUUUAUAUUGCUUUAUCACCAUGAUCGAUGACGAGCAAAUCGGUAGAUUGGAAACAAAACAUCGUACAAGUUUAUCUCUAUGUAAAGCGCAUAGAGACAUACCUUGUAUGCGCUAUAGAAAUAUAAUUUAUUAUUAUUAUUAUUAUCUCAUAGACUUAAAUGUAUAGCAACGAUUGCUCAAAUAUCAUAGAUGGCCGUAUUAUUGAUCUGAAUCUAACUGAAAGAUUAUUGGAUAAUGUUAAGAUGAUCAUGUAAAAUGAGCCAGAUUAUAGGCCAACAUUUCUAUGUUCAUUAUAUAUAUGGUGACAGUGAUAUGAUAUUUAUAUUGACGUUUCGGUGAAAUGUAUUCAUAAAUCGAUUACAAAAUAUUAGAAUACAAACUCCACUCCAUUAUGAACGUUUAUGACAAUUCAUUUUUCUGUAUACGAAAUCAUAUUGUUGUGUAUAUUGUAUGGUAGCAAUUUGUAAUGUCACCUUGUAAGGUUUUGAUGAACUUGAAGUCUACAGAAAUAAGAAUAUUACUUAGUGAUAUGAAAAUAUUAAAGUUAGAUUGAAACAGUCAAUUCUAUUGAUAGACAAUGAUUUCUCAUGCUAUGGUAAAUUCAGGUUGGGAAACCAACGAUUUUUUGGAGACAGAACUAAAAGUUGAUUACCUCAUUCAAGUAAACCUGAAUUAUUUAAAAUGAGGUUCGACCACGAGAGUGUAUAGGGCCUAAGAAAUGGCAAAACAGCAAGUUUCUCUUUUCAGCAAAGUACGACAAAUACAUUAAAAUCAAUUUGGGAUUUAAAAAAAUGUAAAAUGCAAUCACUUUACAGCUCGUACUUCAAAAUAUUACCUUUAAAUCGGUAAGACAGUUUAAUUGGAGUGCUGAAAAUGGACAAUUCUAUGCCAGAAUAAAUAGACCACGUGAGUUUGAAGACGAUCUGUUUAUGAUAAUGAUACACAAAUUGUUAGGUUUAAAACAGAUCAGGGAAACUAUUGUAUUGUAAUACAAGUGAAAUAGUGUAAUAGAAAAUAAGUCUAAAACAACCAUCAUGUUUGUUGUUUAAUGGCCCAUGUAGGUUUCGGGAUUAUUGAUAAGCGAAUUAAAGGGUAAUAAAUAAGACGUCGAAUCUAGUGACUUUCUUAAUCAGAUUGCAUGUUCCCAGAUCACUUCCCUGUACAUGAAAAUGUAUUUAUCUGUUUUACAGGGGUGUUGUUACUGGGGGUGUUGGGCACUUGCCUCCCUCGAUAAUUACGCGAAACUGGGACCGACGCCUCUGCUAAUACAUUGCAAGGUCAUGUUCAUACAUGAACAAAACGUCAGAUAGACUUCUUAAAAUUAAUUGCAGUAAGCUCCCAUUCUAAAAAUACACGCGGAAAUAUAAAAUAUAGCUUUCUUGGACAUGUCCGCCUAAGAAAUUGAAUUAGAAUCUCUAGCUGUUCCCGCCACCCAUAUUGGAUGAAUGCCACGAAGGUGAAUUAGAAGAAACCACGAACCGGACAAAUAAAGUAGGCACGAUUUCCCCGAUAAAAGGUCAUGUAGAAUGACAUGUAGAAGACUUGGAAUGCAGAAGUUUUUUUAAGGAGGGAUUUUAUUAUUAAUGUGUCUUGACGUAAUUGCUUGAUGUAACGUCAGUAUGAGAAGUCGAUCUUCUGUUAAUUUUUUUAUUUAAAAGGGACUAAAAGCUGUUCCUGUAUUCCCAAAACACGCCCAAUUGUUCUUUUAUAGAGUAGUUGUGAAGUUUGUUAUGAUGGUAUUAGUUUUUUUUAAGGAUGAAAUCGUGAUAGUACUGAUAUUUUGAUAAGGCUAGUGUCUUAUUUCAUAAUCAUCGUAAUUUUCUUAAAAUACAAUUAUUUCAUAAGGGGAAGGUUUCAUAAUAAAAAAUAUGACGCCAAAAGGAGAGGCUGAUCAAACUGUCAUUCUUAGAGCUUAAAUCACGAUAGUGUAAAAUGUGGAAAUGUGUUUUAUUUUGGUAAUUAUUCUGUUAACGUUGUUUAAGAGUCUAAAUGACUUACCUGACAUGUUGAAAGAAAUAUGAUUCAUAAACUUGUCUUCUAAUUUUGAGACAUACGUAACUUAGAGACAUAAACGUGUAUAAAUCUAAAUGAUUGCUCAAUUGUAAACUAAUUCAGUAUUCUACUGAAUGUUAGAUGUUUCGAGGAUGUUAUUUAAAUGUAAACAAGUACCAUGUAAAUUUCUGUAACAAAUUAUUUUAUUGUGUGUAUAGAAUGUGUUGGCGAUAUAUAUAAGCACCACUGUCCAUACAGGGGGAGGUUUUUUUGUUGUGUGUAUUCUACCUGUAUAGCAAUUAAUCAUUAUUUUAUGUGUACAGUGAAUAAAUUGUGAAUGUUAUGAAAACAAAA